ACACCCCCAACAAUCAUCGAACCUGAAUCGACUCUGGACGAUGCGUCCAAACGCGCUUCGCAGAUCGUUCAUCGUUCCGGCUUCAUCAACCGGCUGCAUAACUAUUCUCCCUCCUCUCCACAAUUAUCUUCAAACAAGAAUUGGAAGCCAUUUAAGAUGGUAUUAAAGGGUUCGAAGCUCUAUUUUCACAAACCACCUGGUGACCGGGCCGCUGCAAUCAAAGAGCUCUUUCCAUCUGGCUUGGUGGCUGUUAUCGAAGAAGAUGUGGAGGAAGAGGAAGGACCGAGUCGGACAAAUAAGGACAGAGAGGAGACGCGCAAGAAGCGAGCUUUUUGGGGACGUCGCACGCACCCUGACUUGGUGACUGAAGAUGGGAAGGUUCAGCGUGGUACCCUGGAGGCACUUGUUCAUGAAUCUAUUUUCGGGACGACCUUCUCUCCAAAAUCGGAGACAGCGACUGGUGAAGAAGCUUCUCAGAAGGAGAGCGAGUGGCGAGACUUCGCCUCGAGCGUGUUGCUUCUUGUACCUUAUCUGGUGGAUCGCACGAAAUUCGAGCUCGAGUUCCACCGUUGUGCCAGCUAUUUCGUCAAUGGAGCUGACGAACAGCACAAAGAAAGCGCACGAUCGCGAGUUGCUUGGCUUACGUCUCACUAUAUUGCGUAUCAUUCGAAACCCGCAGGAGAGGAAAGCUGGAAGGAGUUCUGCCGUGAUAUAAUCCCCUCAGCUGCGGCGUCCGCAACACAACCUCCAUCAUUGCCGGCAACACCGCCCAACAUGGGAAAGCAGUCCCCUCGUCCUGGUGAAUCGGAAAGGAUACCGACGUUGGCAAGUGCUGUACGUCUUGGCACGCCAACUUCACGUGGUUCGCCUUCUUCUCCCGCAACGUCAGUAAGGUCUACAACUUCGCGUGUACGCUUAUGGUCUUUGUUAGAGGCAAGCGGUUUCACGAGGGAGAUUUUCCUCAAACUCGAGCCCGAUACUGUAGCGCGCAGUCUACUGCUUUAUCAGCGGUCUAUUCUUGAGGCCGCCACAUCUGUCACCGCCGAUGUACUCUUUGCUGAAUCGCCGCUGACACCACUGGUCGAAUUUUUUGGAUGUGAUGAUAUGCCCCACUGGCUGACGCGUACAGUUGUCAUGCAGAUCCUCGGACCAGGACAAGCCCAGAGUUCGCUCGAUGAUUAUGUAUCGGGUGCGGGAAUGAGUACUGAUGACCAUGCGUCUCGAGCACAGACAUCACGUACGCAUGUUCGUGCGGAAGUUAUUGGCCGUUGGGCUCGCGUGGGUGAGAUGAGCCGGCUUGCAGGUGAUGAGUGCUCCUGGCACGCCAUCGUUGCAGCGCUAUGCUCGAAGCCGAUUGCGCGGCUGGAGAAGGCCUGGAGACGUGUUGACUCCACUGCAAUUAAUGUCGUACGUACGUGGGUGUAUGCAUCGCAAGGUGGUGAACGCGCAAGCGUUGCAGAGCCGAGAAUGUCACCUUGGGGUGGCGAUGGACGCUAUCGUGUGAUGAAGCUUCUUGAAAAGCUGCAUGAAGGCAAGUCUAACGAAUGGCAAUGCGAAGGCAUGUACGAGGCAAGACGCCUUUUUGACGGAUUCGCUGCUUCGUUCAAAACCUGUCGAGUUCGAGAGAGCCGUCAGCGGGAAGCAUCCGAAGAUGAAGACGUAUAUCGGUUACUUCAACACUGGAAAGAGCUCUCGAAGAAGCCGCCUCCGAUGAAAAUUCAUCGGAUUAAUCAAUUCAUGUCCCUCUCCUUUGCUGCUGAAGCCAAAAAGAAGGGACUUUUCGCACCUUAUUACUGGUCCCGGCAGGCUAGCCAUGGCCCGCAAGUCCUUAUCCCCCUCAUGGUCCCCGAACUCCUUCCUACAGUCGCUCUCAUUGACCGCGCCCAACUCGUUCGAACAAAAAAGCUCUCGUAUGAGAGUAGUACUGCCCUGGGUGAUUCUCAAGUUGUUCACCCGCCGGAACUACAAGGUACUGUCGAACCGGAUGGUCAUAUCCGUUCGGGAGGUGCUACUCGGCAUAAUGUACGCGGUGGUAAUGCGUUUGAUCUGGGCGGAAUGAUCCUGCCGGUCUUUGAUGGCGAGCUCUUGCUCUGUGUCGUUUCAAGUUCCGAAUCAAACUCGCGUCCUGUAAGUAGAGGGGAAGGUGGACCAGCGGAGUCUGCAAUCAGUAGCGCGUCUCCCAGCAGACAGCCGUCUAUCCGAGUCAAGUCAGCUGCGGCCGGGCUUGAUAGGAAAAGCAGCCGUGCGCGACGAGCAUCUCUUCCUGCACUUUCACAGAAAUCGUCAGCUGCUGCGGUGGUUGUGGUAGAGCAGAACGGCGAGCCUCCGCUUCAUGCAGUAGUGCAAGCUGGUACACUAGAUGCUUUAGUGCAAGUUUUAAUUCAUGGCCUAGAUGGUGUUAGUGUGUCUGUAGCGGACGAUAAUGGUGAAAUGGCUCUGCGGGAUAAAAAGACCCGUGCGGUAAAGGUUGACCGUGUGGAGUUUGCGCGCGUUUGGUGGAAUGCGUUUCGUAGUUUCGUGUCUCCUUUUGUUCUGUUCCAGCUUCUGAGAAAAGAAUUUCUCUCGUCCUCGCCUCCGCGUGGAUCGGCUUCACGCGAUGAGAUUGCUCAAGCUAUCCAUUCCCGACAGGCUGUAAUUAGGGUCAUUGCGGAAUGGAUGCAUCUCGGUAGCGGUGCUCAAGAUGCUCUGGAUGAUGUUGAACUUCAUGCAGCGAUGCAGUCUUUCCUCGGACAGCAUGCUGAAAAAGAUUUGUCGAAUUUAGUUUCGCAGUCUGACCAGCUUUCUCAACUGCUGAAGAGUUAUGAAGCAGAACGUGCCUCCUUACUCAAUACAUUUGUAGAACAAACAAUGCGACCACAAUCCCGUAGUAUUCCUGUUCGAGGUCAAGCUUCCGAUAACAACGUUCACAAUUUCGGUAUUCGUGCACCUAAACUAGAAGAUAUAACUCCUGAUGAACUAGUGGAUAAUCUGGAUGCAAUGGCUGCUGCUGCCUUCCGGAACGUUAACCAAGACGAUUUGUACGUCACUGCUGACCUUCUCGAGGUACAAACUUCAGAUCGUACGGGUUGGUUCCUUCCGCGCGAGCCGACCUCCCUUACGGACGAAGUCGAGAUCCAGACGCUGUACACGUUCAUUAUGGAAGUUGAGCCGACGUCUUAUAUAGGCGAAUACUCGGGUGAAACGUUAUACCGACUUCUUCCACCUGGUGUACGGAGCUUGCUUCGGGCUUACAGCAUUCUUCGGAAAUGGGCUGUAUGCUGUUUGGCUACGCCUCAGCUCGGGAUCAAGGCCCGGCAAGCGAGGAUAGAGUUGUUCCUCAAGGCUGUCGAGAUUUGUCGUAUGCGGAGCGUUGACCCACAGGCUAUGCCGAGCGAUUUGGGGCCUGUAAAGCAGCCCUGUGUUCGAUCGUUCGUCGAAGCUGUACUCACAUCUGCUAUCGUCAGCCCUGAGAGUCGAAUAUUCGGCAGGGCAUGGCAAGGCGUUGCGAGUGCUCGAGGUGCACAGAUAGAAUCUAUAACUUCUAUGCUGUCUGCACGGAAGGUCGAAUCUGUUGCGAGCAAUGAGAAGCUGACAGUUGAUCCUGCUUGGUUGCUGGAGCGUGUGCUUGAAAUCAUUAGUCUUUCCGAUGUGUUGGAUUCGCCCAUGGACUUAGAUACACCCCUCAGUCUGGUUAACUUUGACAAACGACGACAACUUCAUAACGUCAUCACGAAUGCGUCAUCAUAUGCUGCUCGUGGAAAUCGCCAGCGCCGAGAAAUGGACCGGAUGGACUUCGAGAGGCUAAACAGGAUCGAGCAAGAGUUCGCGGACGUAGUUUUCGACAUAAGGCUUCUCAGGGACGAGGCGCAACGUGAAGCCGCGAGUAUGGGACCAUUACCUACUCCAAGCAAAAAGGGAGGUCCUCGACCUUUCCAACGGGCGGUACUCGUACAGCAGGAGAAGAACAAGCGUGACAAGUACAUGCGCAAACGACUGAUGGAGGAGAAACGUUACGAGCAACAGCGACUUGAGAGGAAGGAGGACGAUCUCAAUCGUGCGAUGGAUGCUCGCAGCCAGACGCAAGCCGGUGGAGUGAAACACCAACGCGGGAAGAGAAGCAUGUCUGCAUUGUUCAGCUUGAUGCGUCCGAUCUCAACUGCGUUCACAUCGGAGAGUAGCGUUAUGCCGAAGCGCAGUGCUGCUGAGCUUGACUUCAUGCCCACGCAAAAGCCAGCUCUUGCGCUCAGCCUAGUCGACGCCCAUGUUUCUGCGUUUAUCAACAACGAGAGAAGUUUUACGUUCCAGAUUGAUACAGAGGAUGGAGGGCAUUAUUUGUUGCAGGGAUUGUCGAAGAGUGAUAUGAAUGCGUGGAUGCAGACGAUUGGCACGGCGAUUAAAAGUCAUGCGCAACGUCGGUUGACGUAUAUCGCUACUUCGAGUCCCUUGCAAGUUGCUGAUCAUGUUCAACCUCGGCCUAUCACUGCGUCACAAGAUCCGAAAGCAGUGUUUGGUGUUGACCUCACGUUCCUCGUGCGUCGCGAGUCAGGCGGCGAAGUUCCUCUAGAUGCCGUGCCGAGAGUUCUGGAACUCUGCCUGAAGGAGAUUGAAGACAGGGGACUAACUGAGCAAGGAAUCUACCGAGUUGCUGGUGCUACAACGGAGGUCUCGGCAUUGCGCGAGGCUUUGAACAAUGGGCAAACGCACAUCGAUCGGUACACGGAUAUCAAUGCCGUGUGUGGCGUAGUCAAAUACUGGUUCAGAGUACUUCCGGAAACAGUUAUCCCGGAGUUAUUCUUUGAGCCGAUCGUGGAGGCUGCGCGACUACCUGAUCUCGACGAGCGGCUUGCGAAAAUUCGGGAAGUCGUCCAUCUAUUCCCUCGAGCACACUUUUCUGUCUUGAAGCGGUUAGCGGAACACAUGGACCGUGUCGUGGAUUACGAGGAACAAAAUCACAUGACACCUGAUAACCUUGCGGUCGUCAUUUGCCCGAAUUUACUUCGCGCUCCGAACAAUAACUUCGGGUUGAUCAUGAAGAAUAUGGGUCCGCUAACUGUGCUCUUCAAGGCGUUGAUUACGCACAUACAUGUCAUAUUUGACGAGGACGUCGGCGAAGAAGGGGAGGAAGGAGAAGAGGGUGACGAAGAGGAGGAGCUCCUCGACGAUGACAGCAAGUUAUAUGUCCCGGAAGUGGACUUUGGGCCGCGCUUCGUAGCGUCACCCGAACCAGACGAGCUCUUGAUCGCGUCAUCUCCAGACCGAUGACCCCUCGUUCCUCAGUGAUUUCAUUUAUUCUAUUCUUUUCCCCCUUUCAUUUGGUCUUCUCUCUUUCAUCGUUCAUUCACUCAUGGACAUCGAUGCCGCCUGCGGGCUUGUACGACAUACACUCACUCAAUCUCUGUUUAUCUAGUCAUCAAGCACUCAUUAUUUGUUCUGAGUAUACUACAGGCUCACUUCAAAUGACAUCUC